CCACUUCAUAAAAGUGAAGCGUCUUCCUCGUGCUCCUCCUCUUCAACAUUUUCCCGAGAAUUUUAGCUCGAGAAAAUUUGGAAUGGGGGUGAAAAUAGCACCAUACACUUCUCCCUUCCUUCAAUGGGCUGCUCAUCCUUCUUCUUCUUCCCCUUCAAGGGCCAUAUCAUCACGACGACGACACGACGGACGGUUCGUCCCUCAGAGAUUGAACCGUUCCUCUCUCUUCGGAACGCCACUCCAUCGCUCCAAAUCCCGCGAACUAUCUAAACCGACCAAAACGCAGUCGUUUCGUAGAGUUUCUAGCGCAAGCUUCUCCGACGAGGAGUUCUCCAAAAAGAUCCAAGAGCUAACUCUCAGAUUCAACGACGAGAGAGAUGCGAACUUGUCGAGUAGUAUCGAAAUGAAAGCAAACAGCGUCCAUCUCCCUCCUCUCUCGCUUCGUAUCAUAAAUAAGAAACGGCAAUGCGAGGAAGGCGUCAAACAAUCCGCGCGUGACUCGAUGAGCAAAGCCUUCUCGUCGAUGGUGUUCAUGAUUCAAGAGCUCCAAAGCUUCACUUUACACAUGAGAGAGACUCUCUUCUACGAAGACUUGCGAGGGAUCUUGGUACGUGUUAGAGAAGAGAUGCACGCGUCGUUCGUCUGGUUGUUCCGACAGGUUUUCUCCGCGACGCCUACGUUGAUGGUUUACGUCAUGAUUCUCCUCGCCAACUUCACGGUUUAUUCGCUCGGCACCAACUCUGCUUUAGCAGCCGCUGCUGCCGCUCCGACGACAACCACCACCGUGACAGAGGUAACGACCGUCGGUGAAACAAACGAGAAGUUCGAUAAAACAUUCUCUGUCUCGUCUCCCACCGUCGACGGUAACAACAACAACAACGGCGGCGGUGGAAACAUCCGGCCGGUGUUAAGCGGGACAGAUGGCGAUGGAUUCGAUGUACCGGAAGGACCGUCGCAGUUGUCAUCGUCAACAUUCGGGUCAACGGCUACUACAGAGACAGAGACAUCAGUGUCGGGAAAAGACGAAGUUAGGCUGUGGAACUCGAUUGUGGAGGAAGCAGAGCAAAUGCAGUUUUCGAAGAUAGACAAUGUGUUGGAUCACGAGACGAGGAAGCGGUUCGUGUCUCCUUUGGAUGCUCGAGUGGAAGCAGGGGAGUAUAUUGAUUACUUCAGAACAGAGCUUCACUACCAAACAGGACUGUCUCAAGAGCCUGAUAAUCCUCUGCUCCUCGCUAACUAUGCUCAGUUCCUCUACAUCGUCUCCGAUGAUUAUGACAGAGCAGAGGAGUACUUCAAGAGAGCAGUAGGAGUGGAACCCAAAGACGCAGAGGCGCUGAGUAAAUACGCCACGUUCUUAUGGAGAGCACGAGACGAUCUUUGGGCAGCCGAGGAGAUUUUCUUGGAAGCAAUCGAUGCCGAUCCCACCAACUCUUUCUACGCCGCUAAUUAUGCUAAUUUCUUGUGGAAUACCGGCGGUGAUGAGACGUGUUUCCCCCUCGACGAGUCUCACGAAGACACCAUCUAGUCAGGACUGUCCAACAUCAAGUCUAUCUAAAUAAACGUUCCAUACCAACUAAUGAAUAUAUAUACAUAAAUAUGUGCAUAUUAUGAUGUGUCUGCGUGUUUGCCAUGGGCUAUGUCACAAACUAACCGUGAUGAAAAAUAGUUUAAUCAUU